UAAAGUACAUGUUCUAAGCCACUGGCAUCUCUUCCUCUCCUUCGCGUUAAUGGGAAAGACUUGAGUAAACGUUCUGCCCAGAGCCUGUGUCCACAAACCCAUUGGGUUAUCUGUGAUGGGGAAAAAGAUUUCGAACGUCACUUCUGUCAAAAGUGUAGUUGCUGCUAAUAAUAGGGAUUAGAAGGACAAGGUUUUUCGGGCGAUAUCUGCCGGAUUUUAGAGCGAAACAUCGUCAAGAUCCCGGAUUUUGUUGACGUACACGAACCUCAGAUAUCUGCAGCAGCCGAAAAGACAAAUUUUCAAACUAUCCCCCAAGCAACUUUUUAUCAUUUUAUUUCCAUCCCUCAAUUUUCUCCUGUAACAGCAGAACAAUUUUGAAACUUCGUUAGUUGCUUCUUCUACUCCUAUUUUCCGAUAGAAUCAAAUCAUUACAAUUCAAAUGUAAUUUUAUUAACAAAUAAUUGCAAAAAUGGACUCCAAUCAAGAAGUAUAUACAAAUUCCAAUCUGAUCGGUUUAAUCCACGAUCAAGAUUACCGGAAUGAAAUUGCUGAUUCAACGUUGCAAUCCACGGAUUCCGAAGUGGAACGGAACGAACCAGAUGUUGGAAAAAAAUCAAAAUUACAGGGUGGCGUAUCGCCAGAAGCAUGGAGUACAAAUAGUGAUAGCCCCACGCCCACCAAUAGUGUCACCGAAAGGCCCUGGGCCAGAGAUAUACUCUGGCAAGGAUUGCUUGGGGACGAGCACAGGCAACUAUUGGGGACGGAAGAAGAGUCAUCUGAUCGUCAUAGUUCCGAUGAGGAUAUUGACACCGACUUAGAAUCAAUUUAUCGCAUAAAUGCUGAACAGCUUGAAUAUUACAAAAAGCAGUUUAGCUUCAUACAGCCGGAUGCAACUGGAUUGGUGUCGGGCCACAUUGCUAGGAUAUUUUUUGAAAAGUCGCGAAUUCCUGUAGAGCAACUGAGACACAUUUGGCAGCUAUGCGAUGUAACAAAAGAUGGUGCUUUGAGCUUAUCUGAAUUUGCCGCAGCAAUGCAUUUAGUUGUUUUGCGGCGAAACAAUAUUCCGCUACCACAAGUUUUACCAUCAUGUUUGGAUCCUAGUAGAUUGAUUCAGUCGACGCAAAGCGGGGUGAGUGCACCUCAGGAAGCAGAUCUCUUACAUUUGGAUGACGAGGCAAAAGGAGUAGUGACAACUAACGAAGGCAGCUACAAGGAGAAUUUCAUUCAUUCGAAUAAUACGAACAUUUUAGGUUUAAAUACUUCUUCUCAGUUGACCGAUUCUGCUAGUCCAACUGUUGAAGAAUCACACAAAAAUUACAGUGCAUCAAAUUCUCCAACAACAGAAACGGUCGUUUCUCCAUCUGGGAAGGAUUUAAACAAGGACUGGGCGAAUCAAAAUAGACAAUGGACAAAAUUUCCUGAAUCUCCGACAUCAAACGUAUCAAGUCCUGGCUUGAAACCGGUCAACUUUGAUAUGCAAAGAACCGCUCAAGCAGUUGUAUCUGAUCCCCAAAUAUUACAUCCAGUGCCAUUAAGAGUUACGCCGGUUGCUACCGAUCCUCAUGAAGCCGACGUCAGUGGAAUUCAUCGAAAGUUAGAAACUUUAUUCCAUGACGUACCAAGCAACUCGGCGAAUCUCAAACCAACUGGGUUGAAAACUGAAAUUUCAACGGCUAGUUCUCAUCUACCGACGACUUCGAAUCGAGAUUCGUUGCAGGUCAAUGAUUUAUGUGGAAUUCAACGUCCGCAACCCAAGAAAAUGACAACGAAAAAUCUUGGUGCUAUUCCUCCACCACCGCAACGUGAUUUGGGCCCCACGAAUAUUACUGAAGACCCCAUUAGCUUACCUCCUACAAUUAUUAAGAAAGAGCAACCACCUUUGCCACCACCGAGACCCUAUCGACAUGCGCGCAGUAGCAGUUUGGAUUUGAAUAAAUUGAAAAUGAAUAGUACAGAAGCCAAUGGUGGAGUUCCACAGGAUAUUUCUCUUACUACUCAGCAUACAUAUGGUGCACAUGAUACGCAAAAUCCUGAAUUUGCUGACUUUGCUCAUUUUUCUAAUCUUUUGGAGAAGGAUGUAGUCGAUGCCUCGCAAUAUGAGAUCCUAAAUCGUCAUUCAAUGAAACCAUCACGACUCAUGGCCACUUCCAUUCAAUCAUCACAGCAUAUCAGCGCUUUUGAAGUAUAUCGGAAACCGAUGAUGCAACAAUUAUCUGAAACAUUACCGCCUAUCAUCCAAGGUCAGAACUGCAACAGUUCAGCUACAGACAUCAAUCAAUCCUCCUCAUCAAUGUCAAAUGCGGCGUGUAACAAACGUAUCGCUGCUAUUAGUGAAAUGCUUCGUCAAACCUCUUUCAAUCAUGGCAAAGAUAUUUCGGAUGUUCUAAGGAAUCUCAAACAACAUAACGUUCUGCUACUUCAUCUUUGUAAAAAUCUAAGCGAGGAGCUUUUGGUUAUACAGCAACGUAAAGAGGAAAUUCGAAAUAAGAUCAAUUGUUUCGGGAACAACAGUAUUAACGAAAAUUUGACAGGAAUGGGUGCUAGUAAUGAGAGAACUGUUGAUGCUGCCCGACCAAAUGUCUAAAAGAAACAAACAAAAGUGAUUAUGUGUUAUAGAUAUGAAACUUUCGGUUGAUCCUUUUUUUAAUUUCCUAAAAGAAUAGUCUGAUAUGCAAAGUGUAUAUUGUAUUUAAGUAUAUUUAAAAAAAGAAUAAAUCCUAAACUAUCUAAA